CUCCUCUUUCAAGCUCCUCAUAAAGGUUAAGCUAAGACCUACCCUUUUUCAGCUUCGUCAUCACUGUCGAUUCCGCCCACUUUUUUUCUCUGUUAAUUUACUAAACUGGAUUUUUAUUGAAUUGGAUUGAAGAUCGAGCUUCAUCGAAUCGAUCGAGACAGAAAAGCUCUCUAAUUUAUUUUGAUUUACGAAAAAAAAAUUUAAACUUUGGUUGGUAUCUUGAAUUGAGAGACGAGAAGCUAUGGAUGCUGACUCGUGGAGCGCUCGUCUUUCGUCGUCCUCUAACUCUAAGCGGUAUCAGUCCGCUCUUCAAUCGCGAUCUGAUAUGUACAUGGUGUUUGAAGAAGUUGAUGGAGAUGAUGAUAUAAGGGAGGAGUUUCCAUGCCCUUUCUGUUCAGAAUAUUUUGACAUUGUUGGAUUGUGCUGCCACAUUGAUGAUGAGCAUCCUAUGGAGGCAAAGAAUGGGGAGGCUGUUUGUUUGCAGGUUUGUCCUGUAUGUGCAUUGAGGGUUGGGAUUGAUAUGGUUGCUCACAUAACGCUACAACAUGGGAACGUAUUCAGGAUGCAGCGUAAGAGGAAAUCACGUAAAGGUGGAUCUCAUUCGACACUUUCUUUGUUGAGGAAGGAGCUGCGAGAAGGAAAUCUACAAUCCCUUUUUGGGGGUUCUUCUUGUACAGUCUCCUCAUCUAAUGCUGCAUCAGAUCCAUUGUUGUCUUCAUUUAUAUUGCCUAUAGCUGACGAUUACACUAGCUCUCGGCCUUCUUUUUCUGCUGAACCGAGCUCAGCCAAGAAAAGCUCAGACCAGAUCAAAUCAGAAGUAAAUGUUAAGGCAGCUCCACUCUCAAUCAAGGAUCAGGAGGAAAAGGCGAAAAGAUGUGAGUUUGUACAAGGGCUACUCCUUUCUACCAUGCUUGAUGAUAUCUUAUAAAAGUGGACUCUACAGAACUGAACUCCAAAAUUAGAAUCAAUAGCUCUGCAAGAGUCUGUCUGUCUGUAUUUUCUAAUGCCCAUGCUAAUGUGUUAAAUCUAGUAUUGAAUAAGGUUGAAUGAAUGUAAUUUAUGUUAGCUUAUAUACUUGAGCUUGUAGACCUGAGCAGACUUUCUUAUGAGCAGACUUUCUUAUUAUCUAAUUUAUAAAAUAAAAUCGUAAUUUUUUUUUUU